AUGACUACCGCUACUCCUGAACAGGAACGAAUUCAGCAGUUGAUCAGAGACGCCCCGCCAUGGUACAAAUCAUCCAACUUGAUCAAACUGUACCUCCUCCUUAUCGCUCCCCUUCUGACCUCGACAGCAUGGGGUUUCGAUAACAGCAUGACCAAUGGCCUUCAAUCUAUCAACGCCUUCAUGGACAAGUUUGAUCAUCCUACCGGUUCCCGACUUGGAUUCUUCGGAGCGUCUAUGUCCGUCGGUGGAAUUGUUGCAUGUCUUAUUGCUGGUCCAUUGACUGAUCGAUUCGGUCGUCGGCCCAUGUGUUCUAUCGGAGCCGCCCUAGUCGCCGGAAUGGCAAUCAUGGAAACGUUCUCGACAAGCUUUGCUAUGUUCACUGGCGGAAAAGUCAUACUAGGAUUUGGAGCAUUCCUGCAGCAGGUUGCUGCCCCGGUGCUCGUUACGGAGCUCGCGCAUCCAAAACAGCGGGUCACGAUCAGUUCCUUAUACAAUACCAGCAUUUUCAUUGGACUUAUCAUUGGUAGUUGGAUUACCUUCGGCACCUUUAGGAUGAAGUCUGAGUGGGCGUGGAAGCUCCCGUGUAUCCUGCAAGUUAUGAUCCCCGCGUAUCAAACUUUCAUGAUCUGGCUUGUUCCCGAGAGUCCGCGGUGGCUUGUUUCAAAAGGCCGGACUGAAGAGGCACGACAAAUCUUGAUUAAAUACCAUGGCAACGGAAUUGAGGACGAGAUAGUACGGUUCGAACUGCAGGAGAUUAUUGCGGGUGUGGAGGCCGACAAAACAGUCAUGAAGUUCAGUUGGGAGGCCGUCAAAACCACCAUUGGUUCCAAGGGCAACAGGUACAGACUCUGGCUGUGUAUUUGGACUGCUGUCGGGUCUCAGACUAUCGGUGGUGGAUUCACCGCCACCUACCUUCCUCUCAUCUUGGAUCAGAUUGGCAUGAGCUCCGAGAAGGACAAAACGCUUGUUAAUGCCUGCAUUAACAUUUUCAACUGGCUCUGCGCGUUUCUUGCGGCAUUCGUGAUCCCCCGUGUCGGACGUCGUACAAUCUUCCUCUUCUCCACCAUUGGGACCAAUAUUACCUUCAUCAUCUGGACUGUUCUAUCCGAGCGUUAUAUCGCAACAAAUCACGUUGGGCUCGGAAUCGGCGUCCUGGUCAUGAUUUUCGCUGGUAGCUUCUUUGUCGUCCUUUGUUGGGUACCAUUGGUGAUUGCGUAUCCCCUGGAGACAGUGACGACAAAGCAGCGCGGUGUCUACUUCGCCAUUACCAUGUUCACUAUCAAUGUGACGGCCUUUUUCACAACUUACGUUACCCCUAUUGGCCUCGCUAAUAUUGGCUGGCGAUAUUAUCUACCAACAUGUGUUUGGAACAUGAUUCUCCUGCUCGUUGUCUACUUUACAUUCGUGGAGACUACCGGUAUGACUUUGGAGGAGAUCGCGGUGCUCUUUGAUGACGCGGAUGAUCUGUUCAACGCAAAUAUUGCGGUGGGUAAAGACUUGGAUGAGAAGAGGGAUGAUACUGUCUCUCAUGUUGAGGAUGCUGUUAUUGAGAAGGGAGAGAGUGAUAAGGAGUAG